AUGCCUGACCGUUCUACUGAAAAGCAAAAUUUCGAUAAUGCAUCGUCAUCUAAUAUGAAUUUUCUUCCUACUGAUCUCAUGGGAUUUCCUGACAAUGACGUAAACAUAUUGUCAAAUACAACAGUAAAUCAACUAUUAACAGAUGUGAAUAACGGCAAUGAUAAUGCAAUGACUGUUGGACAACAGCGUCCUUCCAUAUUUAGUAAUACCCACUAUCAAAGAACAACUGAAGGGAAUUCUGCUUCUGAUAAUAAUAGCAAUAUAUCAUCUAAUGAUCAUAAUCAUAGAGACACUUCUCCAACAAGAUCUAAACGUAAAAGAGUUCAACCAGAAGCAUUAAGAUUAUUAAAGAGUCUUUAUCGUACUACGUCUCAUCCAUCCAUAAAACAACGUAAAGAAUUAUCAAGAAAAGUUAAUAUGUCAGAGAGAUCUGUCACUGUAUGGUUUCAGAAUCGUAGAGCAAAUACAAAGAAAAAACAAAGAUUGGCUCAAGAAAAGAAACAAAGAAGGAAAGGUGAUAACAAAAAAUUUGCCUCCGAUUCCGAUGAUUCUUCGAACGAUGAUUCAGACUCAUUAUCUGACAUAUCAGAUGAAGGCGAAAAGCUGGGUUCAUUUGAUCAAGUACCAUUAGAUAUUAACAUGAAUUAUAAUUUAAUUGAUAUAAAUAUAAUAUCUGUAGGGUCCUGGAACCGUCGAAAGACAGGUAUAAUAUCCAAUGAUGGCCAAGAGAGAGUCAAGGAAAUGAGAAACCUUUCCCCAGAUUCAAUAUACGGCAUUCUUGAGGAUGAAACCGAUAUGAUUGUAUUAAUAUCAAAGAAAAAUCAAGAAAUCAACUAUUUCUUUUGUGCCCCAUCAGAAAAUGGGAAAAUUUUAUUUAGAAUGUUUUACCCAAUACGAAUAGUAUCAAAUUGUACUUUAACACUUGAAUCUGAUACUGACCUUAGAUCAAAUAAAGAAACAGUUAAUAUUGGUGAAUUAAAAUUGGAUUUAGAUAAACCUCCAACGUUUGCAGUACAUUAUUCUAAUAGUAAUAAUCCAGAUAUUCAAAAUUUACCAAACCAAAAUCAAUGGUCCUUAUGUGGAGACUUCUCUGAUGGAAGACAAGUUAAUGAUGCAUAUGUGGGCGGAUCUAAUAUGCCACAUUGUUUAAAGGGUUUACAAUCAUCGUUGAUAUACAUGAAUUCUCUGAUAUUGGAACAAAAGGCUGCGCGCAGUACAUUAUCCAUGGAUAUUUCUCCGAAUGAUAAUGUCACUAUGUCAGGUUCUUCAGCAUCACCUGCAACAGAUUUAUCAAAUAUACCUCCAGCAGUAAUAGCAGCUGUUCAUGCUUCUAUGGCUGCAAACGCAUCUCCUAAUAGUAUGAAUCAGAACACACCAAUAAAUUUUGAUCCUAAUGUACUUUUAGGAUUAAAUUCUAGUGAUAUGUCAUAUUCAAAUAAUAACCUUGGAACACCGAAUGAUUCAAAUUUUUCACAACAACAGCAUAGAAAUUUGCUUGAUAACACACAUACGUUAUUGACUCCUUUUACGCAACCAAAUGGUCAACCAGGUAUACCGUUGAUACCGAACAACGAAAAUUAUAACGAAAUGAGUAUUAAUUCAAUGCAAUUAGAAGAUUACUUCCUUGGGAAUAGUUACUUAGCUGAUGUCAAUGACACCCUUCUCUCAUCAUUUCCGACCCACGACAAUAACGACACUAACAAUAGUCAAAAUAAUAAUAACCACAGCACUAAUAAGAACAACCAUCCAUUUUAA